CAGAGAAAGAAUUAAAAUAAAGUGGCUUAAAAUAAAAAGGGAAAAUUACAGAAGAGCGACUACUUAAUCAAUUACCGUAAAGGAGGGAGGGAAGGAAAGGGCACGAUCCAGUGGCGAGGAAGCUAAGCAGAGGAAGCUAAGCAGAGGAAGCUAAGCAGAGGCAGCUACUGUAAGUAUGUAAAGAUGGAGGGGGUGUGGAAGUCGAGUAGGAAAGAAAACAUACCAAUACACGCAGAAGAAAGGGGGGCGUGUGGUUGGUGGAGAGGAGGGAGGGGGAGUACUCUACUAGAGACGGUCAGAGAGCAUCGAUCAAGGAGGGUAGCACCGUCCGGAUGGAGGAGGAUAACGACCAUCCCGAUCCCAUGAGCAGCCAGGUACUACUAUAUUUGUCACCUGUCCCUUUUUGUCAGGAAAAGAACUCCAUGACUCACCCGGGUCAGCCUCUAGGAGGGGAUCCCCAUCGCUAUCCGGUUUAUUAUCACCCAUCCCAUCCCGAGUCGGGUGGGCUGCUACCUAUUAUCUCGUCGCGCCAUCCUCCGUACUAGACUUCCGUCGUAUCAGGUUGACGCUAAGAAUCAUU